ACGAAGCACGUGCACGAAGAGGGCAGCACUAACCGAUCAUUGAUCUGUUGACGGCGAUAUUGUUGCUCGGCGACGCUUUCUCUCUCUCUCUCUCUCUCUCGUCUGAUGUUUUCUCUUUUAAUUCUUAAAAUAUGAUAGAUGCAGAUCCGAAUGGGAAAAAUUACGAACAGAUGGAUCCUCGGCCACCUUCCGAACAGCUUUGCGAGCUGCACAUCUACAUAGUUCCCAGAGAAAGGUGGAUUGAAAAGAGAAAACUGGCGAAGAGAGAGGUUACCGAGUAUUCCGUCUCUUCUGGAUUUGUCAGGGUUGUUCCUCACAAUACCCUAACAGAUCUCAGAAAAGAAAUAUAUCGACAGCUCGGAUAUGAUGUGGUGCCUAAGAAAUAUGUUUUCUUGAGAAACGUGGGACGAAAUUUUACGCAGGUGAGACCUAGCCAAGAAAUGGAGAUGAAAGUAAAAAACUAUCUACCACCGCAUGCUUCGGAGCCAGAGAUUUAUCUGAAAGAAGGAACGUAUACAGGAGCUUAUUGGGCACACAUCGCAGACGAUAGCGGAUUGGAGGAGAGUGUCACAGAGAGCAACAGUCAGCCAUCUAGAGAAGACGUUACCAGUCCCGACAGUUUCGGUGACAGCGAAAGAAUCUUAACCACCGACGUCUUCAUGCCCCCUCUUGAUACAGGGGUCAUCCAUACUGACAUGGCUAUCACCAUGGCAACCACAAACAAUGCUAAUGUGGAAAGAAAACGACGAACUCGAAGACAAGCAAAGAAUAAUAUGGAAAAAGAAUCUUGGAGCAAGGCACCACCUCGUUCUAAUGAUUUAACUACCGAAAAUGACAUCGUCGAUUCCUCUCAAAAUCAAAUUCCACAACCUUUCAGAUCUUACAGACGCAAGAAGAUUUAUCAGAAAGGAUCGAUCGUAAAUGGAUCGGAUGGUCUCUGGACAGAUUGGAGAGACGAGAGUCGUUUUCGGAAAGAUUACAACAGGUACGAGGAAGAGAUCGAUCAACGAACGAAAUCCAAUCACCAGAAACGUGAUCGUAGUUUAGACACUCUAAGUAGGAUACCGGUAACAGUAGGACAAGUAAAAACAACAGGAACAAAUAACAGUAAAAUGCGAGCGGCCAAAUCAAUGUCGUCACUUCCUGUUAGAGUAAAAGAUAUAAAAAAUUCGACAGCUCCUACGGGAGGAGAGGGAAAGAGAAAGACGAUUGGGAAGAAGAAAAAAGCAGAAAAGAAAGAAGAAUCAGUUAUUAUCGAAAAUACCAGCAUACGAUUAGUGAAUGAAGAUGGAAAACCAGAAACAAACGGUUCAGAAAUGGUGCAAUAUGUUGAUGAAUCGCCACCUCAAGAUGAUCAGAUCGUUCGGCAUCAUGUUCUUCUAUUAGAAGGUGAAGAUGACGGUGGAACUGUAUCAGAUGCUGCCGCCGAGACAAUACGACAGGUACAGAUGGAACUGGGAAGAUCUCGUGACAAAAAGGAAUCAGAAAAUGGAGAAAAUAAAUCAGAAACUACACAAGAGCAAGAAGAAAAAAAUGAACAAAAGAAAGAAGAAAGUGAACAAAAGAAAGAAGAAAGUGAACAAAAAGUAGACGAAACGAAAACAAAAGAAGAAGAGAAAAAAUCUGAAGAAACAAAAACUGAAGAUGUUAAAGAAAAUGAAAAUGAAAGUUCUUCAGAAACAACUAAGACUGAAAGCGAAGAAAGCAAACCUGAGUCUGAUCCAGAAACAAAACCAGAGAAAGAAAAGCCGAAACUCGAAGACGAUGUCUUAGAGCAUCAUCUAUUUAGUGGAGAAACUUUACAGAGCUUAAGUCGAGAUGGAAAAUUACAAAUCGAGGUGUUGGUGAAGGAACUAUUGGAUGGUGGCAAUGACGUCACGAUCGAUGCUCUAUCACGUGGUAUUAACAGAGAGGGGAAGACAAACAGAUUUGGAUACGAUUUGAGUAAGAUUCGGAGACCAUUUCGUGAUACAGACCGCUAUGGAAGGACCAUUUAUAGUCCUAGCAAUAUGAGAAGGUCUCGUUCGGAUGGUUACGGACUAGCAUCAAGAGAUAAAAUGGGACCUGAAACUCCCGCUGCCGAAAGAUCUCAUCGACAACGUUUAGCUGGAACGGGACAAUGGUUAUCAUCAGUAGAUAUCCGUGGACAUGAAUAUUAUAUUACAGAAAGGGAAAGAUUAUUACUGUUGUUAGAUAGACUUCGUUCGGAAUUAAGACUCUGCGAGACAAGAAGAGACGAACUUCUUCGAAGAAUUAAGCAUUUACAAACCAGAGCAAACCACAGAAGAGAUCAAGUACGAGAAUUAUGGAGAAAAAGAUAUUUGGAUGCGAAAAAAGUCACUCCGAAAUUGGAAGAAGAUUGCUCCAAGAUGAGACAGGAGUUAGAACGAUUGCAUCGAGAACUUCUGGCUAAAGUCCAAGCGGGUGUGGCGGCCAUUUUAGUGGCUUCUGGAAGAGUAGAGAAACCUUCCAAUAAAUUAAGUUAUAAAAUCAUGAUCGCCCGUUUAUUACAAGAAAUCGAGGAUCUAAGAAGAAGGGUGGAAGGAACCAGAUUGAAAUUGUCAGCAGAAAUUAAACUUCGCAUCCAAGCGGAAAAAGACGUAAAGUCUUUGAGAGAAGAAUUACUAAAAAAGAAAAUUCAAGUAACUUUAACAAGACACCAAGAGCAAGCGGUCCUCGGCAGUAGCAUUCGAGAACAAUAUUUUAUCAGUACGGUUUGAUGAAUGGAUCGAUCCGAUCGAUUUGUGGUGUUCUAACAGACUAGUGUUCCGUUGUGGUUCGUUUCAAAAAAUCAUUAUUUAUAAUGCGGAAAUGAUACGGAAAUUAAUCAUUAGGAAGAGAGGAAAUUUUUAAGUAGCGAAACACGGAAUCGACUCCGUCCAUAUUUUGUGAAAAGUAAAUCAAUGUGUAAACUCCGUCCUCGUGAUUAAUUUCAUAUUUAUUCGUUAUAUACAAUGAGCAAAUGUUUACAUGACGCACCAGUCUCUCUUAUGUUGCUUUUUUCUUGUAAUGUAUGUAUAUAAAAUGAAUUGUGUAAUUAUUCAGAGCAAUAGUUGUUAAAUCCGUCCAUUUUCAUCAAUUUGUUACUUUAUGCCGAAUGUACUCUUUAAAAAGUUUCCUAUAUAAAAGAAUUG